CAGCGCCGCACUGGGGAUCGCAGAGACUGUCACGUUGGAAGGAAGCGUGGCCAUUGCAGGGGACCUACGGGGAGAGAGGAGGGAGAGUCUGGUUGCUGCAUCGCCUGGCUGUGGGGCUGGUAGGAGCACAUCGAGAUAGAUGAAUCACAGCCUGAAAACUGGGAACCCCAUAGAUGAUUGAGCGGUGGGGCACAAUCCCAAGCAAGACAAAGAUCUCUGUUAUCCAGCUUACUGAAGGACAUUCUCCCCACCGUCUACCACCACACCGAAGAGAGGCCACUACUGCUAGUGCACUGGCAUACAAUGAUGGUACACAAAUGCCAGAGAUCGUGGGGUCCUAUCAUCUGGAUUGUGUGAGAAGUGCUCGUUGUUCAGGACCAUGACCCUGGGGCUGCUGCUGCUGGCACUGGCACUUUGGAGGGCACAGGGGAAUGCAGGAACAUCCCCCCGUCCUCCCCCUGUCCCCCCGGAGUUCCCCUGUGGGGCAGAGGUGCUGGAGGCGGUGCUGGGACGGCUGCGGGCACUGGAGGGAGAAGUGCGGGCGCUGCAGGGACAAUGCGGGGACAGCCUGGGGCCCCAGGCUGGCACUGGGAGCACAGCAGCGCGGGGGCUGUGUGACACCCCUGGGGCAGGGGGCUGUUGUGGGUGCCGCCUGGGGGAGGCUGGGGAUGGUCUCCCGUGUCCUGCACCCCGCUGUCCCCUCGACUGCAGUGACCAGGGCCGCUGCCGGGCCGGCCGCUGCCACUGCUUUGAGGGCUUCACUGGACCGUUCUGCGCAACCCCCGUCUGCCCCCCUGGCCGUGGUGGGCCCCACUGCACCCUCGAGAUCCCCUCAGUGACACUGCGCCUGGCUGCGCGCAACCAGACGUCCUUCCGUGUGACCUGGCCGCGGCCAGCCAUGCCUGUGGAUGGCUAUGAGGUGGCUGUCAUCCCCAUGGAUGAACCAGCAGCACUGACCACCCACGAGCUGCCUAGCUCUGCUGUCACCUUUGAGGUGACGGGGCUGACACCUGGACAAGCUUUUGAGAUCUUCAUCCAGGCCCAGCGGGACCAGCACCUUGGGGCGCCGGGCACCCUGCGUGUCCGCACCCUGCUUGCCCAGUCUCUGCCCACCCAUGGGGGGCCACGGGUGACCCCUACAUUUCUGGCAUCUCCAGUGGCCCCAGUGUCACCAUCAGUCCGAGGGUCUCCAGCGUCCCCACGGUCCCCAGUGUCACCAGCGUCCCCAGGGUCACUGGGAUCCUUGGGGUCACCAGCAUCCCCAACAUCUCCAAGGUCACAGACAUCCCCAGGGUCACCAGCAUCCCUGAGGUCUCCAGUGUCACCAGAGUCCUCAGCAGCACCACCUUCCCUGGAAUCCCCAUGGUCCCCAGCAUCCCCAGUGUCCCUGAGGUCACCUACAUCUCCACGGUCCCCAGCAUCUCCACAGUCCCCUGUGUCACCUCCAUCCCCACAGUCCCCACUAUCCCCAGCAUCCCCUGUGUCCCCAGUGCUCCCGAGUGUCCCAUCCCUGCAUGAGCUGGGGGUAAAGCUUUCUUCCUACAAUGGGUCCUUGCUGCAGCGCCUGGAAAGCCACCUCCGGGCCAUAGAUUUCCCACUCCGAGGCAACCAGACAGUGCCUGCAGUGGCCCGUGCCAUCCUGUCCUACCUGCUUCGCCGCAGCCCAGCCUCGCUGCGUUAUCAAUUCCUCCGCCACCUCCAGCAGAGCCCCCACCCCAAACCCCAGGUGUUGCCGGGGGCUGCUGGUGAGGCCUUGGUGGACCUGGAUGGGCUGCGGGGUCACGCAGAGACCAUAGUGAUCCGCUACCGGCUGCUGGAGGAGCCGGAGGGGGACGAGGGGGAGCUGAGAGUUCCAGGGGACACCACAGUGGCCCGGGUGCCAGGGCUGGUGCCAGGGGCCACGUACCGGGUGGAGGUGCACGGUGUGGUGCGGGGUCGUGUCUCCAAGUCCUACACAUCCCUGGUGACCACAGGGCUAGGUGACACCAGUGAGUCUCCACCAGAAUGGGAAAACCUGUAUGAGAUGGAGGUGACUGAGCCCCAGGGGGCCAUGGCCAAAGCAGCCCCAUCAGAGGAGGAACCACCACAGCGCCCCCGCCUGGGCACGCUCACAGUCUCCCACGUGACUCCUAGCUCCGUCCAGCUGGAAUGGAGUGUCCUUGAGGGCGCCUUUGACUCCUUCACAGUGCAGUACAGGGAUGCACAAGGCCAGCCACAGGCUCUUGCUGUGGAUGGUGGGUCGCGCACAGUGACCGUGCCUGGGCUGUCGCCCUCCCGCCGCUACAAGUUCAACCUGUACGGGGUGUGGGGGCAGAAGCGCAUUGGUUUCAUCUCCACCGAUGCCGUCACAGCUGCAGCAAAACCGAAGGGAGAACCGCCAUCCCAACCACGCCUGGGUGAGCUGACAGCGUCCCACAUCAGUCCCGACUCCGUCCAGCUGGAAUGGAGUGUCCCCGAGGGCACCUUUGACUCCUUCACAGUGCAGUACAAGGAUGCACAAGGCCAGCCGCAGGUGGUGCCCGUGGAUGGUGAGUCACGCACGGUGACCGUGCCCGGGCUGUCACCAUCCCACCGCUACAAGUUCAACCUGUAUGGGGUGUCGGGGCGGAAACGACAGGGCCCCAUCUCCACUGAUGCCGUCACAGGUGAGGAUGACGUGUGCUGCAUCCAUGUCCUUUUGCUAAUGAUGGGGUUGGAGUUUGGCAGGAGUCUUGCAAGGGCUGCUCCUGGCUACUGUGAUCUUAAUAGAAAUGGAAACAUUUCCUUGUUGCUGAAUGGGAAAGCCUGAACGGAUGGGAGCAUGCAA